AUGCCUCGCAUUCUCCCCGCCCUCCUUGCCGCCGCCGCCCUGCAGGUUGCACAAGUGGGUGCCACACCCCCUGGCAUCCCGUCGACCUCGGUUGCAGAGACUCAACUUGCGGCCUUGACCGUCCGAGCUGCCGGCGCAAGCGCAGACUACGAUCGGGAUCUGUUCCCUCACUGGAUCAGUCAGGGAAACUCAUGCAACACCCGCGAGCGCGUCCUCAUCCGCGACGGCACGAACAUCGUGACGGGCUCGGGCUGCUCCGUCACUGGCAGCUGGUACUCGCCUUACGAUGGCGCGACAUGGACAGACAAGAGUGACGUCGAUAUCGACCACGUUGUGCCGCUGUCGAAUGCGUGGAAUUCUGGUGCAAGUGAAUGGACGACCGACGAGCGCGAGGCAUUCGCCAACGACUUGACUAUCCCGCAGCUGCUGGCUGUGACGGAUAACGUCAACCAGGCAAAGAGUGACUCUGGGCCUGAGGAGUGGUUGCCUCCUCUAUCAUCCUACUACUGCACGUACGGCAAGAUGUGGACGACCGUCAAGUACACGUAUGGACUGUCCGUGACCUCGGCGGAGAAGAGUGCCUUGGAGGACUUGCUUGCCACUUGCUAG